AUGGCGACUGCAAUGCUCAUGGCUCCAGGGAAUUUUCGCUGGGUGCUGAGGAGUCCCAGCCCGGUAGUACCUCCAUGGCGGGGCCCACUGCCUCACCAACAGAGAUGGCCACACAGAUGAAGUCCAGAGCGCAGCCCCCGGAGGAGGGCAGGAAGAAGCCGGUGUUGGGCAAGUUGGGGACCCUGUUCGCGGCGGGCCGCCGGCGGAGCUCCAGGAGCGGAUCGGAGGGGUCGGCCAGCCCCGGGAGCCCGGGAAUCCAGCCGGCGGGCGGAGGCCGAGCCCAGGGCGGAGGUCGGGGGCCGGAGGCGCCCGGAGACCCCGAAGCUGAGCCCGCGGGGUCCGAGAGCCUCCCCGGGCACCCGAGGGUCGCGGAGGCCGAGGCAGGAUGCCCUGAGCCCGGGGGCCCCUCGCCUCCCUCCCCAUCCCCAGCAGCAGCAGCAGCUUCAGCAGCAGCAGCAGCAGCAGCAUCUCCUCCUCCGGCCGCUGCGCCCGAGGCGGAGCCGCCCCGUCCCCGCGCCGGGAGCCCCGACGCCGAAAGCCUCCGGCCCGCAGAGCCGGCGGCCGGCGACCCGCUGCCCGCAGCGGCCCGGGCCACCGAGCGAGCCCCGCCGGCCAAGGUGCUGACCUUGGACAUCUACCUGAGGAAGACCGAGGGGCCGCCGCCCGACGGGGAGGCCCAAGGACCGGCCGAGCCCGACGGGGAGGCCCAAGGACCGGCCGAGCCCGACGGGGAGGCCCAAGGACCGGCCGAGCCCGACGGGGAGGCCGGAGGAGACGCGGGCGACAUGGACAGAAAGGCCGGGGGCCGCAGGUCCGGCCGGAGGCGGAGAUCGCACCGAUCCACCGACACGCCCCCGGCCGACAGCCCGGCCCCGGAGCGGCCCGUCUUCUUCGCCGACGACGACGAGGAGGGCGACGGAGCGGCCGGACCCAAGGCGACCGGACCCAAGGAGGGCCGAGCCGGACCCGAGCCGGACAAGGGCAAGGCGCAGCCGGUGCCGUCCCCGACCAAGAGGAAAGGACGGCGGGGCCCGUUGGAGGCCGCGGCCACCUCGCCCCCCGCCCCGAGGAAGCCGGACGGUCCGGAGGCCGCCAGGCCCGCCGCCCCCCGGGAGCUGACCGUCAAGAGCAGCUCCCUGCUGCCCGACAUCCGACCCGAUCACCCGCGGGGGUCUUUCCCCGGUCCCUGGGGCGGCCGGACCGACGGCGGCCGCAGCAGAGGGGACCCAGGUCGGGCCGCGCCGCAGCCCGACACCGACGGCCCCCGGGCGAGGCCCCACUUCGGGGCCACCAGGACCACGGUGACCACCAAAGUCAGCCUCCCAGCCAAACCCAAGCAUGUGGAGUUGAAUCUGAAAGCUCCCAAGGGCCUGGACCCUGCAGGGAACGAGUCAGCUCCGGGAGGUACCCAGACGGUGCACAAAGGGAACACGGCCAAUAAAAUCUCCCUGUUUGAAAACAAGCGGGCCAACAGCAGCCCCCGCCACGCUGACACCCGGGGGCCCAAGGGGGCCGCCCCCUCUGGUUCCGCAGCCUCCAAAACUUUCGUGGGCCGGGCCAAGCUGAACUUGGCCAAGAAGUCAAGGGAGAGUGAGCAGGCGGACCGGAAGAUGACCACGCACAGCGGCACCCCCGGUGGCUCUGCGGGAGCUGCACGGGAGAGGGAUCGGCCGCCUGGGCUUGUGAACGGCGAGGAGCCGUGCGAGGCGCUCGCCCCGGUCAACCCUGGUCUGGCCUCAGCCAGUCGGCCUGAUGCCACCCUCUCCACUCCGGCGGCCGCAGCUGAAGCUCCCGCCCUGGGGGAUGGCACGUCACCUAUCCCCACGGCUCCAGAAGAGAAGAGUGAGGGAUCGGCCAAUGGUGAGGGACUGGUUCGGGGUGGCAGGUCUGGCUCGGACCAGGCCCCAGCGCCCACUGGAGACCCUGAAGGGUUAUCCCGCGAGCCCCCAACUGGGACGCCUAAUGGGCGGCUGAGCCCUUCCCCGCCACGGGCGGUGGCCACCCCUUCGGAGGAAGGGAGAAGGGAGGGUCCCCUACUCUGUACCCCUGGGGAGGAAGAGCCGGCUCACUGUGACCAGGGCCCAGAAGAGAAAGGUAGUUGCCUGGGGAGAGUAACGCUGGACUCUGCUGCUGCUGAUCUGCCCGUCCCCCUACAGAACGGUGGGGACACAUCCCUGGUUGGCCCUGCGAGGGGAGAAGAGCAGUUGGCCUUGUCUUUGGGACAGGAUUUGGCAGGUGAGGAGGGCUCUAAGGACCAGCCCCCGUCCAAGGUCCUGGUCCAGGUGAGAUCCUACAUGCUGCCUGUGCAGAGCGCCCAGGGCCUCCCCACACCCCUUCCGAAUGACGGCUUGACCGUCAGCUGUCCCGAGGGCAAUGGGGGCCGAGUCCAGAGCCCCAUCCUCGUGGUGCUGGGAGGCGCUGCAGAUGAGGGGCAGAACCCGAAGGAGCCUAGUCUCCCGGCCGCAUCCCCUGGAGCUGAGAACCACCCUCCCACCCAAGCUCAGAGUGAUGCCUGCAGGGCAGCAGAAACUGCCAAGCCCGUCCCCGGCGAACCUGUCCCCAGCAACCUUGUACCUGGUGAGCUUGCCCCCACCGAGUGGCCUGAGGAACAGGACCCUGCAGGGGCACCCCUGGGGCCAGAGGCAGGGCCUCCCAGCCCCCACAGGAGUCCAGGCACUCACCUGAACGUCUCCACGGGCAGUGAUGACAGCAUCCUGGAUUCCUCCUCGGACAUGGAGAAGUUCACAGAGAUCAUCAAGAAGAUCGACAGCACUGGGUGUGUGCCCCAGAGGAAAAAGAAGGCACGGGCUCCUAACUCCCCAGCCCCCCACUUCGCUAUGCCACCCAUCCAUGAAGACCACUUGGAGAAGGUGUUCGACCCCAACGCCUUCUCCUUCGGCCUGGGCCGAAAGAAGGAGGGCCGGCAGGACAUGUCGCCGGCAUUGCAGCUCAUGCAGAACCUGGACACCAAAGCCAGGCUGAGGCCGAAGCGGGCGUCUACUGAACAGAGCCUCAUCCUCAAGGCCCUGAGCUCCUCCAGCCGGCCGGAACCCUUGGCCGCUCCGGACUCCGGUGGGAAGGACGUCACCGACAGCGUGAAGCGGUCGAGACUGGAGAAGAGCGCCCUCUUCUCUAGUAUGCUGGCCUCCACUGCCGCCGCCACCUCUUCUCUGCCCCCAGAAAAAGUCUUCUCUCCCUCAGUGACAUCAGUCAGUACCAUCACUACGUCCUUUGGCAGCUCUCUCCUCUCCCGGCCUAGGGCCCCCGAGGGAGAAACCUCGCAACCCCGGGUUUCCAAUGGGGAACCCCAGCAAGCACCCUCCACUGCCCCAGCAGACCUCUUCAACUUUGACUCUUCCAACAAGUCUCAGUCCGGACUGACAGGGCUGGGCCACAUGGAAAAACACUCUCCAACGGCUGAGGAGAAAGGGGAUUUGGGUUUGCAGAGCAGCCUGCGUUUUCCAGAAACGAGGCUCUCCGAGCGCUCGGCACUAAAGAACGGUGACGACAUGGAGAGGUCCGGUACCUUCGAGGGCACAUUCAAGCCUUUCCUGCCAAGCUAUGGGGGCAGCGAUCCCGACUUCUCAGGGUUAUUCAGGACGGGUCGAUAUGAACCAAGCCUCUCCCUCACCAGCGUGCCACUCUUGGAGACACGGGCGUUUAAGGGAAAUCUGCAAAAUAAAAUCAACCCACGGCCCGGGAAGAUGGUGAUAUACAGUGAGCCAAGCCUCGGAGGGGAGGGGAUCGAAGUUUUCGGUGACAUUCCGGAUGGCAGUGCCUGGGAUCUGUCUCCCGUCAUUGUCAUCAAGGUGGUCCGAGGAUGCUGGAUUAUGUAUGAGAAACCGAAUUUUGAAGGGAACUCAUUUCCCCUGGAAGAAGGCGAAGUGGAGCUGUCUGAUCUCUGGUCAAUGGGAGAAGUUUUAGAAGAAAAUGAUGAGAGCCCCGUGCCCACCAAGCCCAUGGUGAUAGGCUCUCUGCGUCACGUGAUCAAGGAUUACAGAAUAAGUCAAAUCGACCUGUUCACGGAGCCAGAGGGGCUGGGACUCAUGAAUUCCUAUUUCGAUGACACGGAGGAGAUGCAAGCAUAUGGAGCCAUGCAGAAGACCUGCUCCAUCAAAGUGCACUGGGGCGUGUGGCUGAUUUAUGAGGAACCGGGAUUCCAGGGCAUCCCUUUCAUCCUGGAGCCUGGGGAAUAUCCGGACUUGUCUUUCUGGAACACCGAGGAAGCAUACAUCGGAUCCAUGCGGCCUCUGAAGAUGGGAGGCCGCAAGGUUGAAUUUCUAGUUGAUCCAAAGGUGGUGAUAUACGAGAAGCCUUUCUUUGAGGGGAAGUGCCUGGAGCUGGACACCGAAAUGUACAAUUUGGGAGACGACCACUCUCCCUUGACCACGGUGGGGUCCAUAAAGGUGCUGGGAGGCAUCUGGGGGGCUUAUGAGAAACCGGGAUUCACUGGCCACCAGUACUUGCUGGAGGAGGGCGAGUACCGGGAAUGGAAGGACUGGGCUGGCUACAACGGGGAGCUGCAGUCCUUCCGACCUCUGUUAGGGGACUUUUCAGAAGCUCACAUGAUCAUGUACAGCGAAAAGAACUUUGGCCCCAAAGGUGUCAACAUCGAUGUAAUGGGCAUCAUUGCCGACCUCAAGGAGACUGGCUAUGGGCUGAAGACCCAGUCCAUCAACGUGCUCAGCGGAGUGUGGGUGGCGUAUGAAAACCCUGACUUCACGGGAGAGCAGUAUAUCCUUGAUAAAGGUCUGUACGCCAGUUUCGAGGACUGGGGCGGCAAGAACUGCAAGAUCUCCUCCGUCCAGCCAAUAGGCUUGGACGUUCUCGGGAACCCAAAAGACAGAAAUAAGGUUCAGCUGUUUUCUGAAGCAGAUUUCCAAGGGCAAAGUCUAACGUUUGACGAAACGACUGAUCAGAUUGACGAUUCAUUCUCUAUGAAGUCCUGCAGAGUUUUGGGGGGCAGCUGGGUCGCUUACGAUGGGGAAAACUUCUCCGGGAAUCAGUUCGUGUUAGAAGAAGGCCACUACCCAAGUCUGUCUGCGAUGGGGUGUCCUCCGGGGACUGGCUUCAGGUCUCUGCGCUCCAUCGAUGUGGAGUUUUCUGAGCCAACCAUCAUCCUGUUUGAGAAGGAAGACUUCCGAGGGAAAAAGGUGGAGCUGGCCACUGAGACCAUCAGCCUCCGUGCCCUGGGCCUCAACCCGUUCGUGCGCUCCGUCCAGGUGCUGGGUGGCAUAUGGGUCACUUAUGAAUUCGGCACCUACCGGGGUCGCCAGAUCCUGCUGUCGCCAGCUGACAUUCCCAACUGGUACGAGUUCAGCGGCUGCCGCCAGAUUGGCUCUUUGCGCCCGUUCGCCCAGAGGCGGAUAUACUUCCGGCUCCGCAACAAAGCCACAGGAAUGUUUCUGUCGACCAACGGGAACCUGGAGGACCUGAAGCUUCUCCGCGUUCAGGUCAUGGAGGACGUGGGUGCGGACGACCAGAUCUGGGUCUAUCAGGAAGGCUAUGUCAAGUGCCGGAUCGCCGAGGACUGUUGUCUGACCAUUGUGGGGAGCCUGGUGACAUCUGGCUCCAAGCUGGGGCUGGCCCUGGACCGCAGCCAAGACAGCCAGGGCUGGAGCAUGAAGGCUGAUGGCAGGAUCUACAGCAAGUUGAAGCCAAACUUAGUUUUAGACAUCAAAGGGGGCACACAGUAUGACCAAAACCACAUCAUCCUCAAUACAAUCAGCAAAGACAAAUCAACACAGGUGUGGGAAGCCCUGGUGCUCUAGCCCGCCACCAACACCAGAGCCAUCGUAACCCUACCCAGCAGAGACCGGGCCAACGGACAGUUCUCUCCCAGCCUGGCCAGGACACCUAGACAUUGGGACCAUUGCUAGGCUUCUGCCACCAGCGAGCCUCAUAUGACCCGAGUGUCGUGUCGCCCCUCACACGGCCAAAGCCGACCACCAGGGCCUGCCAAGCCUGUCACCGACCUGCACUGAUUAGAGAAGGGACUGGGGACUCACCUGACUCUAGGUGGAGAGUCACAGUCUAAGGACUAAAAAGAAACUGUAAAUAUUUCACAGUGACUGUCUCAUUGUGAUGUGUCACUCUGUUUCAGCCAAUGCACUGGGGAGUGGGGAGCUUUAAGGUGUGUGUUCAUACUUGAAAUUUUAAGAAGUUGCCUAAGCACAAUCCCCAGAAAUGCUGCAUUUUCCCUCGGGAACCAUUAAAGAGGUGGAGGACUUGUCA